GCGAAAAUAAUCGCUACCGCUGCGAAUCGUCCAUGUCCCUCUACUUGACCAACUUUGCCAUUUGAUUUCCCUUGUCUGGCUAAUUACUCAUUUGUCGACAAUCAUUGUAUUCGACUGUUGGGUUAUAGCCUCAUCUCAUGAGGCCCCAUCUCGGCGCGUUGCCUACCGCGGCACGCCUGCGCAUGUCCAACCUUGCGCCAGGCGGACGGACGGUAUGCCGCGCUUGUAACUAUGCUCGGACGGCGGAAUUCGUGAAUACAGGCCUGAUCCGCCCGACGGGGUUACAAUCUCCUUUGGGGAGUUCGAUCAUCGGAUUCGGAGGCCAGCAAAAAAGAUGGAUCACUCAGAAUUACGUCCGACGCACGAAGGAAGCGGAGCAGGAAUGGGCGCAAUUCGCGGAGGAGAUCAAAGCUGGAAAGAGACAGAGUUUUGUGGAACACUUGGAAGAGAGAGGAUUGAUCCAUGAUGUCGUCGGAGAACGAGACAUUCUUCAUCGCGUCUUCACGGAGAAAAGAGCGGGGAUUUACGUGGGUGUGGACCCGACCGCACCGUCUUUGCAUGUCGGUCAUAUGCUGCCAUUUAUGGUUCUGGCUUGGGGAUAUGUAUGGAAAUUGCCGGUUACGUUUCUGCUGGGCGGUUCUACUUCCCGGAUUGGAGAUCCCACCGGCCGAUUGAAGGGACGCGAGCAGGUGCAUUCAUCGGUUCGGAAAGCAAACAUGGCGAGCAUGCACAUGCAGCUCAAGAAGCUGGGCAUGAGCAUCGAGAAGUACGGCGAGAGACAUGGAUACAAAAAGACAUGGACUUCGCGACGGGCCUUGACCAACAACAACAUGUGGUGGAACGGACUCCCGUUCCUUGAGGUGCUUCGGGACUUGGGCUCCCUCGUGCGCCUGGGCCCCAUGCUCGGCAGAGAUAAUGUCAAAACCCGACUGCAAGGCGACGGCAUGUCCUUUGCGGAGUUCUCAUACCCCCUUAUGCAGGCAUGGGAUUGGUGGGUGCUCUUUCGCAAAGGUUGCCAAGUGCAGGUGGGAGGUACGGAUCAGUACGGAAACAUCCUGUUUGGAAUGGACGCAGUCAAGCAAAUCAGCAAAACCACCGUUCUGGAACAGGAACGGAACCCCUUGACCGACGACGUGGACAAGCCCAUCGGCUUCACUACGCCUUUACUGACGGCCCCGUCUGGGGAGAAGUUUGGCAAGUCUGCGGGGAACGCGAUCUGGCUCGACAAGGACAUGACGUCCACUUUCGAGCUCUACCAGUUCUUCGUCCGGACGCCCGACAACGUCGUUGAAAGUUACCUGAAGAUGUUUACUUUCCUGCCCAUGCCCGAAAUCGCGAAGAUCAUGGAGGAGCAGAACAAAGACCCGUCCACACGCGUCGCCCAGCAUGCCCUGGCCGCGGAGUUCGUGGAACUCAUCCACGGCAAAGAAGAGGCCGACACGGUCGCCCUUCAGCACCGGCAAUUAUUCCGACCCCGCAGCUCGACCGCCGAGCCAACGCCACUCCCUCGCACGCCGAACGCCCCCGGGGGUCACCCCCAGUCCCCGGUCUUCGGUUUCUCGAACCCCCAAUCGGGGAACAAGUACGCGCCGCAGACCAAUUUCGCCAACAUGCCAAGCGUGAACGUGACACUCCCGCGGUCUCUGGUCUACGGCCAGACUUUCAACAAGAUCCUCUGGUCCGCCGGCCUGGUGACGUCCAAGGCGGAGGGCUUCCGGAUUGUGAAUAACAAGGGUGCGUACGUGGGAAGCCGCCCGGGCAACAGCGGAGCCAUGGAGGAUCAAUUGACGUUCACACCCAUCACGAGCUGGAAAGCCGAAGAGACGGAGAAGUUCAUCCACGACGGCACUCAUUUGUUCCUCAAGCUGGGCAAGUGGAAGUUCAAGAUCGUGAACAUCGUCAGCGACGAGGAGUUCAAGGCGCGCGGGUUGACCGCGCCCGGGUGGGAACCCGAGUCGGACGCAUCCCAAUCCGACAAGACCACCCCCGAGAAGACGGAUUAAGGUCACCAUGCACUUGGUGCAAAGAUAAGCAUGAUCGUCUGGCGGAGAAGUUGACCAGAGACGAGCAAGGCGUUCUGGUAACCCUGGCCAUUUUGCCACCUGAAACUAUACUGUAUUUCUAAACCUGUAGCUCUGUUGAUAAGCCACAUCUAUGUAUACCAUCACCGA